GCGCCGUCCCGUUCCCCGGGGCACGGCGGCUCCUCUCUAUGGUGCGGCGGGGCCGGGGUCGCCGGUCCGCCCCGCUCGGUGAGGGCACCGGACCCGCCUCCCUCCGCCGCGGGCUCGGCCCUUGCCCUGCCGUGCCCGAGGGGCGGCCGGAGCGGCGGCGAUGAGCGACGCGGAGCGGCCGGAGGAGGCGGCCGCGGGCGGCCCCGGGCGCUCGCUGGGCCCUAGUGUUGCAUCUCCAGAUGAAGGAGUAGUAGAAGAUCUGCCUUUAAUAGAUGAGAAAGCUGUGGAGCAGCUGACUGAAGGAUUGAUUUCCCAUUAUCUGCCUGAUCUUCAGCGAUCAAAAUCAGCACUGCAGGAACUUACACAGAACCAGGUGGUAUUACUAGAAACAUUAGAACAAGAAAUUUCUAAAUUCAAAGAGUGUAACUCCAUUCUUGAAAUCAAUGCUUUGUUUUCAGAAGCUAAACACUAUCACAACAAGUUAGUGAAUAUUAGAAAUGAAAUGAUGAUGAUCCAUGAGAAGACGUCAAAGUUAAAAAAAAGAGCACUUAAGCUGCAACAAAAGAGGCAGAAGGAAGAACUAGAACGAGAGCAGCAACGUGAGAAGGAACUUGAAAGAGAGAAACAGUUAACGGCAAAACCUGCAAAGAGGACAUGAAAGCAGAGCAUGCAACAACUUGUCUGAAUUAAUGAUUUCUGCAUUCUCUGGAAUUAAGGCAGACUUUGCAUAAACUGGGCUAUAGCUGUUACUGGCAGCCUAUGGUAAUACCCUAUGGUAUUAUAAAUUCCAGAAUGGUAAUAAUAGUGUUGUUAACAUUCACAUUUUUUCAUUUCAGCCAUUCAAGUUGCCUUCUUUUGUAAUGCUAUGCAGUUUGAUACUAUUAUAACGUAAGUUAAUUUUUUAUGUAUAUGUAUAUUGGAGAACUUAGGCAUCAUAAUUUUAAAUAUCUUUUUUUUUUCAUUUGUCCUUCUGGUGUUUGGAAUUCUGAGAGAUAUUUGAUGACUUGUUUUUCAGACAAAAUACAGAAUACCAGUUAAAGUUCCCUUCUCAUCACUGAUCUUCAGUGGCUGCCUGUUUCACUGAAACUGCCUUGUUUCAGGCAGUUGGGAUCUGCCUUUGAUCACAAAUACUGACUUUUUGUGCAGCCUUAGUUUGGUCCAUCUCUAACGAUCUGAAGAAACUUCCAGUGUAUUUGCCUAAAAACUCACUUUAUUGCUGCAAUCUUAUUUUUUUGGCAUCAAGUAGCUUAAAAACAGUUUUAAAGUAACUUCUGAAUAAGUUCCCAGCUGAAUUGAUUGACGGGGGAAAGCAGAACACGAAAGAUUGUCAAAAUUGAUGUGUGCACAAUGCAGAGAUUGAUGAAUUUGUGCUUCCACAAACAUUUGAGUCAAACCAGGGAACUGUUGCUUCUGUAAUGUCAUCUAAGCAUAUUUUUUGUGGGAUUAGAAGUUACAGUUUCUUUGUCUUGUGUGAGAAAAUAAAACAUAACCAAAACUAAACAAUUUCCACUUCAGUUUCCUGUAGGAAAACUAUUGCAUUUAAUUUUUUUUCCUUAACAAAUGAAUCAUUUGCACUUUGGGGCAAUGUAAGAGAAUUUUUGUUAUGCUGUCCUUACCCAAAUUAAUGAUUAUUACUGUGUACUGAUGAUAAAUUUGAAUGGAGGUUGAUAUCCAUUUCUCUGAAUGUAAUUCUUGUCUUGCAGCACUUGGUGAGAACUCCCAUUCCAAUGAAUGUACAUGUUGUCUAGACUGGUAAAAGAGCUUUAAACUAUUUGUUCCUACAGUCUAACAAACUAGCUAUUUUAUAUCUGUGUUAUUUUUUAAGUGGUAAUGUAAGUGGUGUGUUUUGAAGUAAGAUAAAGGAUAAGCUAUCUAAAGUUUUCCAUAAAAUAUGUAUAGGAAGGUAUCAGAGAGGCACAGGCAAUUUUAUUUUUUCUUCUGUUUUAGAUUACUUUUACACACUGUACACCUGCCUGGAUUCUUCUGUAUUGUGAUUUUCUCCUAAUUUCCUGUUCUUAAUAUUUGUCAUCUUUUUCUAACAAGUACCCAUCCAACAUGCAAGGUAAACUGGGGUAAAAUUUAGGGGCAAGGAGAACAAACUACUUAAAGCCUGCUUAAAGUCUGAAGAGACACUGAAAUGCUGUUACUGAAGCAGUAAUAGAUUAAAACUUUCCACAGGUAUUUUUCCCUUAAGUUGACUUGUGUCUUUUACUUGCCAGUGGAUUGUUGACCUGUGCUGUGGUUUGUAUGUAUUUCUAAGAGAAAUGUAAAGAAUUUCCACAGUCCAUUUUUUGGAGCAGAAUGUACAUAAGUAAAUGUUGUUUAAAUAUUUUAUUUUGUAAUGUAAUUUGAAAAUCAGAUUCUGGGAAUUUAAACAGUUCUCAUUAAAGUAUAACAUAAAACUAAA